GCAGGGCGGGGGGUGUGUGCACGCUCGAGCUUUCGGGCCACAGCCACCGCCGCGCGAGCUAGAAGCGCCCUAGCCCGGCAAGCUGGCUCACCCGCUGGCCACCCAGCACAGCCCGCUGGCCCCUCUCCUGCAGCCCAUCUGGCGGAGCGGCGGCGGCGGCGGCGGAGGCAGGAGGAUGGCUUCAGAACUGGCAAUGAACAAUUCCGACCUGCCCACCAGUCCCCUGGCCAUGGAAUAUGUUAAUGACUUCGAUCUGAUGAAGUUUGAAGUGAAAAAGGAACCGGUGGAGACCGACCGCAUCAUCAGCCAGUGCGGCCGUCUCAUCGCCGGGGGCUCGCUGUCCUCCACCCCCAUGAGCACGCCCUGCAGCUCGGUGCCCCCGUCCCCCAGCUUCUCGGCGCCCAGCCCGGGCUCGGGCAGCGAACAGAAGGCGCACCUGGAAGACUACUACUGGAUGACCGGCUACCCGCAGCAGCUCAACCCCGAGGCGCUGGGCUUCAGCCCGGAGGACGCGGUCGAGGCGCUCAUCAGCAACAGCCACCAGCUCCAGGGUGGCUUCGAUGGCUACGCGCGGGGAGCACAGCAGCUGGCCGCAGCGGCGGGGGCCGGCGCCGGCGCCUCCCUGGGCGGCAGCGGCGAGGAGAUGGGCCCCGCCGCCGCCGUGGUGUCCGCCGUGAUCGCCGCGGCUGCCGCGCAGAGCGGCGCGGCACCGCACUACCAUCACCACCACCACCACACCACGGGGCACCACCACCACCCGACGGCCGGCGCCCCGGGAGCCGCGGGCGGCGCGUCCGCCUCUGCGGGCGGCGCGGGUGGCGCGGGCGGCGGUGGCCCGGCCAGUGCCGGGGGCGGCGGCGGCGGCGGCGGCGGCGGGGGCGCGGCGGGGGCGGGGGGCGCCCUGCACCCGCACCAUGCCGCGGGAGGCCUGCACUUCGACGACCGCUUCUCGGACGAGCAGUUGGUGACCAUGUCGGUGCGCGAGCUGAACCGGCAGCUGCGCGGGGUCAGCAAGGAGGAGGUGAUCCGACUGAAGCAGAAGAGGCGGACCCUGAAAAACCGCGGCUAUGCCCAGUCCUGCCGCUUCAAGAGGGUGCAGCAGAGACACGUCCUGGAGUCGGAGAAGAACCAGCUGCUGCAGCAGGUCGACCACCUCAAGCAGGAGAUCUCCAGGCUGGUGCGCGAAAGGGACGCCUACAAGGAGAAAUACGAGAAGUUGGUGAGCAGCGGGUUCCGAGAAAACGGCUCCAGCAGCGACAACCCGUCCUCUCCCGAAUUUUUCAUGUACCCAAGGGACUCUUCUACAUCUGUGAUGUGAGCAAAGCAGUUGGCCGGAAUCAAACAGAAAAUACGAUGCUGGUAUGCUUAUCCCAUGAGACAACUCGGCCCACAAAGCACAAAACUAAACCCAAACUCAGAGAAGAAUCAAGAAUGGUGUUUUCCCAGCGUCUACGAGAAGCGCUUUAUUUUUCCUCUAGAUUGCUUUUCUAAAAAAAAAAAAAUGAAAACAAACAAAAACAAAACAGAACAACACUAACUGAGAUGAACAUCCAAACAAACGAUACACACUUCAGGCAAUCAUAGUCCAGCAUGUUCUUUUAUUAAGCAUAGGAUGGGAGGAACCAGGGGAAGUUGAAGCUAGACACUAAUUCGGAAGGACUGAGAGGCCAUGACACUCCCUAAGGGGGUUGUUCUCCGAACUGUGAGUGAAGAAUGAUGGGAACUACCUCCUAUUUCCCACCUCAAGAAUGUCUCAUGCAUCUUAAGGACACCUUGCUUCCUUCCUUGCCCGUCUGUGUAUCUAGGGAAUGAUUGGCAACAUUUGUUAUGCUCUCUAAAGAAUUGCCUGCAUAGCUUUGGCAGGGAAGACAGUGAGUGGUACUCUUGGGACCCACCAGCUUCUGCACACUGGCUCUGCUCUCCUCUGACGGCACCAUCACAUUGGUUCUGUUGGGACAAGGUUCUGAGUUUCUCUCAAAGUUGCCAAGCCUGGUCAGACUUGGUAGGGAAGUUGGAAACAUUGGCCUCCAGGACUGAACACAGCAUGGAGAGGUGAACAUGUGCUUUUUCUUCCCUCAAUAGGAAAAAGCCAGCCUCGGGUGGCAGUGGUGGCAAUGGUGGCCACGGUGGUACUUGGGUGGGUCAAGGGGACAUGAAGCUAUUCCAAAGGUAAUAGAGACUCCCCUGUGCUUCUACAGUGAGCAAACAUGUUAACCAUGCUUUCAGUUUCAAGCAGGGCCACCACCAGAAAAGCAAGCAGACCCAUGACUAACCCUGUCCUAGAAAAGGAAUGUUGUCCCUUGAAAGUGUCCCUGCUUCCCACUGACACCUGGCCUUUCCCCAUUGAUUACAGCUGUUCUUAUUUCUUUUACUCUCAUGGCUCCGCACUGGGGGUUUAGGGGCACCCCAGGAUGAUGGGGCUGGCAGUGAUGAGGGUCAGAGCAUGGGUGGGGGUUUGCCCACAAUUAUGGGGCUCUAAUUAGCUGGAUGGACUGUGCAGUCGAUCCUGGAUGAGCCGCUCGCUGAGUUCCCACAGGGCCCGGGCUGUGUCUUCACGCUGAGCCUCUUCCGAUGGCAGGCAACGGCAGCAGUUGUUGAAAUACAUCCCUCCGAGGCCUUCCAGCUCAGGGGCGACUGCACAGUAGACAGUGCUAGCAGCUCCCUGUUGCUGAAAAACAGAAGAAAGAAAAGCACUUGUUUUUAAAAACUGAAUGGUAAGACAAUGCCACUCUGGCUAUCAGGAGAUCAGUGAACCUUUCUCCACUUGGACAUCAGCGCGGCAAAGGACUCAACUCUAAGCACAGGACUGCAAAGUAUGAUGUGUGAUAGCCUUGGAAAAACAAGUCCAUAAACUCUGCUUGUAAAGCUGGUGUGACUUUUCACACCUCAUAGAGGAAAAAGCUUGGGAAAUAAAGACACAUUUCAAUAUAACAUGCCAGAUGCCAUUUCAGCACAAAGAAAAAGAUACUGUCCUUUCCAACAUGCAAGAACAGACCCAUUCAAACCUCUGACUUCUUAAUGUGCAAUAUAAUUCGACACCAAGAACUUUCUAGACCCUUCUGUCCAAAAGAAACCAACCACUCUUGAUUAUGGCCCAUCAAAUAGAUGAUUCAAAUGAGGCUGGUGCCAGAUCAUUCCUGUACUCUUUGCCCAGGGUGCUCUUGGGAGUAGGAUGGAUUUACAACACUGUUGAGAUGUUUAACACACACACACACACACACACACACACACACACACACACACACACACACACACACACAGUCUCACAAAUCCCUACACUGAUGUGUUUAUUCACCCUGAAAACACUUUUCUAAAUGUCAUAUCUGUUCUGAUUUACAACAAGAAAUGGCCUAAGGUGGGAGGCAUGUUUCCUUACAGCCCAUUUCAAAAUGCAAGUCUCUAUGAACACCACUGAUCAUUUCUGGUCUCCUCUGGAGUAACAGUUGGGGCUGUAGCUAGGGGCGUGCUCACUGAUGGGGCACCAUGUCAUCUCAACUGACAGAAUAUUGCCAGAGAUGCUAUAAAGAGGGCAAGAGCUCACUUUGCUUUGCAAGCCAUAAUUAAAAAUAAUAGGUUUCUGUGCGAAGGGAGGCAUGGUGAGCAGGGCUCUAAUUUAAAACCAGUACCGUUUAUCUGCCGUCCUGUGAUCAUUUAUGCGGAGGACAGCUCUUGAUGCGUCAACUCGCUACCAGCUGAUGGGGAGUGGGGGUUACAAACAAGGACCGGAAGCUAGCCACAGAUGUCACUUUCAGGAAAAUGUUAGGGAUGUUUGCUUGGAAGGUGAGAUGGCUUUCUGUCUCUACCCAAACUUAACCAUUUUUUUUUUCUGCCCCAACAGGGUUUAAACUGUUAGAUCAGAGUGUCCGUGGAAGAACGUCCCCAUAAAUGAAUAGAAUCAUUAGAGCUAGAGUCACUCUGAGAACCAGGAUCCCAAGGGAUUAUAGUGUUAGCCAAGUGCCACAAAGCCUCUUGGGGCUUUAUUGGGUGCCGAUUUCUGUGUCAGGCUCUGUGGUCACAUAUGCAUUGGUCAAAUGCAGCCAAGUGGCCUGACUGUGGGAGAGGUAUGGAGAGGUGUGACACAGACUUGAUGUUUGAUAAUACAAACUGCUUGAGCCCACUGGCCAGGUCCACCAGUCCAGGAUUUGAACAUCUGACUUGUGAUUGGAGCUUAACUGAAUAGCAAAUGGUUAGUGACUUCCUUAAGUCCCUCAACAAGCCCCCCCACACACACACACAAACAAACAGUGAAUACUUUGGUUUCAGUGAUUUAUUUCUCAACUGAUCUCCUUUUACUGAAUUGUUAUUGCUCAUCACCUUUAGCUGAGCACCAGGCAUGUCUAUUUAAAUACCUGCCAGGGGGUUAUGGGAUUCUUCAGCAUCCUGUAAGGAGGACAAGGGCAGCUAAAGUGCCUCUAAUCCUACGUAGAACCCAAGGAGGACCACUGGGCUAACUUAAGCCAAACAGCGUCUUGUCCUCUGCUCUCUGCAGAGUCCAGGUGGAGACGGAGCUUGGAAUAAAAUUUGGGCCAUCUCUCUUGGAUUUUCAUUUUAUUUUAUAGGUGACAAAUGCAGCCAAGAAUGACCAGGUGACUUGCCAUAGACUUCUAAGUGGUGGCUGAGAGAAUCCAGUCAGCUUACCUCCAAAUCCUUCCUUCCUCCUCCUCUUCCCCCAACCCUAGAUGAUUUCCAUAUCAGACAGUGGGUUCUAAUCUCACAACAGACUGGCCUCUCAUCACUUUGCCAAUCCAGAGAUAAGACCAAGGGAGGCCACUCGGGAAAUUGAUAAUCAGAGCUCUUCCAAACCUUGUAGCAUAUUGCCUCUGUGUCCUUCUAACGUGAUGUGAUCUGUGUGCUUGCCUGGGUGAAAUGGUACUUCUGGGAAGAAAUUCUGAAGUCACCCCAAUCCAGAAUCAAGCCAAAUGGGGGAGCAGGAGGAGGUGUAUUUGCCAUCACUGGAAUCUGCAAGUGAUCGCAGUUUGGCUGGUUUCACAGAAGUGUCCAUUUGGUGACUGUGUUGAAUGACACACAGUUUUGAAAGCCCAGUCUUCCACACAUGCUCACUUCAAUUCCUUGCCAUUGGUCCUAGGGUAGUUUACAACAACAAUUCUACUGCCGGUGCCCCCAGCUUUACAAAAGCACACAGAGCAGGGUACAAAGGCUACCUUUGCUACCCCAAAGACUGACAGUGUCCUUUCAGCAGAGCCUCCCUGCCUGAGCCGUGAAUGCUACCACAGGCUCUUGCUUUAUCUUCUUUUCCGGACAGACAACUAAGUGCUGACAAUAUCGUGUUGGUCCCAUGCCCAUUACCUCAUGGGCUUUUUGGAGAAUUUUCUUUUCGGCUGUUCCAAUGGUGACCUUUGAGUGAUAGCUUUAUACCAUUAGAUGUGGUGACGGUUUAAAAAAACAAGUCCCCAUUUUGGGCUCCUCAGCUUUUCAGUCUGUGUAUCAUCAGCCCGAGACGGAACCACAUUAGUGAGAUCUCAUUAGUAAACAAGCUUGUGCCACUGACAGAAGAUGAAACAUUUUUAAACUGAUAAGAAAGGUUUGGUUUUGAGGUUUUUUUUUCUUUUUUGAACACUUUAAUCACCAUCAAAUGACUUUCAUGCCACUUUUGGGGGCAUCAGUACAUAAUUCAGAGAAGAUGAAAGAGACACAGAGAGGAAAUAAUGUUAACAACACUGGUGUAAUAUUUGAAGGUAUGACUUGCCAUUUGUCAGCAUUGCUUUGCUGAUCCAUGGUGAUAAAAUAAUAACCUGUUGACAUAUGAGUGUUGGCUGGAGCUGUGGGUUUUUCCAGAUGUUUUUUGUUUGUUUGUUUCCUUCAGAACAAUUGGUCAGGUUGCUCAUAAGUCACUCAUCACAAGAAACUGGGGAAGUAGCAUCUCCAACCCAUACUGAUAUCACUGGGUAACAUGUUAAUGACCCAGGACUGAGAAUUCCUGGGAAGCCCAGUAGAAUUUUUAAUCAUACCCCUGUGCCAUCUGGGCUCUAGUCAAACAUUUGUGAGUGGCCGGAGUUCGACUGUGCUACCAGCCGUUACUAUGCAUGUAAAACUGCCCAGGGUUCUUGCUUGUAGAUUAAGCUGAGAACAUCUUGCUAAUACAAGUUCAUCAUUUUCGUUAGGAAAUCAUUUUUUCAGGCUUGCAAUCCCAUCUUCCACCUCAGAAGGCUGGGAUGCAAACUGGCUGCUGUUGGUAGCUGAGACCCUGAGAUGUAAAGGAGCCAUCCUUCCAAAACCCUUUGUUGGGAUGAAAACGUUAAAUAGCUGACUUCCAUCAACAUUUAUUUGGUAACCGCUGGCCAUCAAUUUGUAGCUGUCAGCACAGGUUACAAAUAUAUAUUGAGUCCUUUGAAGAAAGAGGUAGAGAGGUUUCUGAUGAACAACACAUGGUUUAAAAAAACCAAACCAGACCCCAUACUGGUAUCUGUGAUGCAUUACUUAGUACUGUGAUGGAAAAUUCACAUUCUGAUAAGAACACAUGUUACACAAUUAAUUUAGCUUUCACGUGACUCUACUUUAAUAUGCAUGUUUAUUUAAGAGGAAGAAUAAAUUCCUGUCUUAAAGUAGAUGUAACAAUGCAUUUUAAAAUACACACACACUAUCAUGGCAUAUCUAUAUUCAAAGACUUGAAAGAGCAGUAGAUGUUGGAAGAUUGCUUUAUAACAGACCUAUCCACACCAGGACAGUGCACAGCAAAUGCUGAAUUAAUCAAUUUAUGCAAAAAAAAAAAAUAGAUUCAGGAGCGGGAACAGAGCAUGCAAGCUAGAUUAGGCCUGAAGCCUCAAGGGCAGGGAAGGAAGGCAGCUCUUGAGAGGUGGGCAGGGACUGCAGAGAUAGAUUGAAAGUAAUGCACCACCACAAGAGUGUUAGGCAAAGAGGAAAGACGGGUGCAUCUUCAGACCCCCAAAGCUGUCAUUGCUACUCAUCUGGGGUCUCAUAAGCAAAGAAUAUACUUUGCAAAUGUGAAACCAGUGGCCCUAUGGACAGACCUCUCUGAGUGGAAAGAUCAGUCACAAAGCUGUGGUACAGACCUUCCCCUCUCCUAGUAAUAGUAACACUCCUGCAAGUGAGUUGAUAAGACUUCUAUCAGAAAUAGGCAACAUUGCAUUCUGGAGUUCAUCUCCAAAUGUCUUGGUGCUUGGGACAUAGCUGUUCCCACAAACAAUUCAAAUUUAAAUCUCUGGUUCACGAGGCAAAAACAAGCUGUUCCAAGGGAUGCUAUGUCCCUACAUACCAUCCAAGAACAAUAUUGUCAGUGGAGAAAUUGACCUCAAAGUCCACACUAUUCCAUCUGUUCAGAAAGCAAAGCGGUUAGUGCAGGAACGAGGCUCAUGAACCUUUCUGACCCCAAUGAGAGAACACCUCCACUGCUACCAAUACAAGUGAAUUACACAAUGCUGGGUCAGUGCUUAUCAAUAAGCAUGCCAGUUCUACCACAGUGAGAGGAGGCAGUAGAAGAGAACCACCAGCUCUGCUCUCCAGUGAGUUCCAGCCAAUAGUGACUGUCCCAGUGGCUACGAUGACCAGCAUUUAUUGAUGACUAGCAUUUGUCGGGUGCCUGCAGGUAGCUUCAUGAGCAUCACCUUCUAAUCCACAGGUUGUUCAUGAGCCAGGGACAACUAGCAUCUCCAUUUUUAUAGACCCACUUAUAUUCAGAGAUCAAAUGUCACUUGUCCACAGUCACAGGGACAGUCACAGAUUGACUGAUUCAGAAUCCAUGAGUUAGUGUAGGAAACCUCCCUCCCAAACACGGGACAUGAAUAUGGUCACGUUGCCCAUUUCCUUCCAGGUGGCUCCCAUUUGACUCAAGCUUCCUUGUGCUAUUUUGUCUUCUUUCCCAGGUCAUGCCUACUUACAGAAUGAUUUGGCCUCAAUUAAAUAUACAAGCUGUCAUAUGUUCACCUGAGAAAUGUUCAAAGGAGAUUUUUCCACUGUUGAUUUAGUCAGUGAACUAAAUUGAAAUUAUAUCCAUUUGGAUUAACAAAAAAAAAAAUGAAGACUCAGCACCCUAUCCAUCGAUUCAAUAGCAAAUGACCUUUCAUUUAAAAAAAAAAAGUUACCUGACUCAAAAUGCCACCUGCAGGUACCAAAUCUGCCAAGCUAAGGUACAUACCUUUUGAUGAUAGAUGUUUUCAAAGCACGACCAUCAAAACCAGUGGAAUAAAUGGCUGUCUGUGUGUCCUCUCUAUCCUGCCAUCUCCCAACAACAUUCUCAUACAGAAGCUUGCACGUACUCAGCCAGAAAGGUCCAGCACUUCCAUUCAUUUCCAGAGCUACCCCUGUUUUGUAAACUCCCAUACAAGUGUGGCCUCCCUAGGCGCAGGCGCUGGCACGCUCCAUUAGACUUGCAAAGCAAAACAACCCACCUCCUUCUUUGCAACCCCCAAUAAAUCCCUAGCAUAUUAACUCCUACAAAUUCCCAACAAUUGAUUCCUACAAAGGCCUUGAACAGUACAGGCUUGGAUACAUGCAAAUAUUUUGUUUAGACACUGAGAUGUAAACUUCUUCAUAGCCCUUGGGAGUUCUGCUAACACACAGGUUGUUCUUAAGCCUUCGUUACAAAAAGCCUGCAUUGCAGGGGAAAAGAAGCAGCAGCUCUGGAGACUGGAUAUUUGUUUAUAGGCUCUACCAGUGUGAGAAAAAAAUGUUCCAGAAAAGCCAUGUAGAGCACACACAACCCCUUCAUCCUGCAGACGGGAAUGUGCUCAACUGUCACAGUGGCUUUGACAGUGUACUCCAGGACUUACUUGUUACCACAAAUCCCUUUGCUAAAUAAAGGCCCACAGCUGUUGAAGAGCUCAGGUUCUUUUUCUGGUGAUUCGCCCACAAAGGUAAAGAGUGUGUUCUCAGGUAUGGGGACAUAUCUGCAGAGUACAGUCUGGAUCUCAGUGUCUGAGGGAUAGGCAGAUAGCGAAAUAUGCUAACCCAUCACACUAAACACCAUUAGGCCAAGCAUGGAUAACACCCAAAUUCCAAAGCUCCUCUUGAGUGACAUGAAGGAGGAGAAAGAAUGACAUUGAGCUAUCAAAUGGGGGCAUACUCUCAGAGAGGGUCUCUGAGAUGACCCGAGACAUUUCCUGUUGCAUUGAAGGAACCCUAAGUAAGACACCACUAAAUGGAAGUCUCUGAGAAAAGACACUAUUUUCUGGGAAGGUCCCUGAGGAGCUUUGAGGUGCUGGUUGGAAGACCAAGGUGGAGUAAAUGCGAAAGACUCCAGCAGUAUUGCUUUUUUAACUCUGCAAUAGGAAGCCUCAGAAACCCUGGCUUCUAGAUGGAAAGCUGGAUGGAAUUCUUUUAAAACAGAAGAAUAUAGCUGCCAUUCCUAAAACCUUACGUCUAAGAAAGAAGACAGCCAAUCCCAACCAUUCCAAGAUGUCCAAAGGCAUGUUUGGUUGAGAAGGAAAGGCCAGGCAAGGAUUUUAAUUUAGCAAGUCAGGAGAGUUAGAGAGCAGAACAAUCUCUGUAAGCUGUUGGGGCUCUGUGUGCACAUCAAGGAUUGUUCUAGAAUUCCUCUUAAAGUAAAUAAAGUUCUUUUUCUAUUUUCCUCAUGCCUGGGGAUUUUUGCAAUAGACAGCUCAUGGGUUCCCUGACAGAAUUAUGCAUGAUCUUAAAGGACUAGCAAUAUGAUAUUUAGGGUCAUUUCACCUUUUGAGAUCUGUUAGUAUACCUUGUGAGACCCUAGAUACUUUUUGGUGGGAAGGGAGGUGGAGGGUAGGUAGUCCUAGUGAGAAGAGGGAAAAGGCAUGGCUCCAGUGUAAUCGGUUUGAUUGUCUUGAAGCACAUUUACUCCACAUUCCAGGUGUGCCUGGCCACAUUUGUCUUGAGCACUUCUCAUUAGAUGGAAGGGAAGGUCCUGUGGAUUAGGUCCUACGUAUUCAUGAAAGACAUCCCAGGGCAUUCCUGUUGAGUUGCCCGGACUACGUACUUUACUCAACUCAGUUCAACCUGUAGUUCUUUUGCAGAUGGAGAUUUGUCUUGUGGGAUGGAAAUUUGGUGGAUCCAUUCUUUCAUGAGUUACUUUGAUAUGGUCCAACAGAAGAGCCAUAGAAAUCUGCCACUGAAAUAAGCAUCUUACUUAUAGCAUAAUUGGGCCUACCACUGUAAUUUUCCAACUGGUCCACCUCAAUGCCAGAACUGAAGGACCACUGAGUGUUCAUAAGAUAAAAGAAGAUAUUUAGCUGGUGUUAAUUUGAAACAUCUUAUAUUUUAUUUCUUUAACCUUGGUUAUAGCCAUAUAUAUAUAAACUGUAUAUACAUGUAUGCCUCUGUAUUCACCAUGUAUACUGAAACAAACCUUUAAAAUGAUUGCCAGGCAGAAUUAAUGGGUUUGAUUCUAAUAUAUGGUAAAAAGAUGUCUUCCCAGUAUAAAUGAAACACAUAGUUUCCCCCUUUUCUUCUGCAUAGAAAAGCUUCUGUCAGUUUGCCUGUCUUUUUAUCUCUUCAAGGUAAAAUAAAGAAACCUGACUAUGGAGAGCAGGCAGGAUUUCAGGACACACCCAAGAUGAGCUGUUUAGAGUUUUAAGGCCUCCAGUAUCUACAUACCUAUGUCACUGGUAAAUCCUACAAAUAGAAAUAAAAAUACUGGGUGGGGUGGGACACAUAGUCUCUGAUAUGACCAUAUCAAGGUAAGAAAUGAACUCUUAAUCUGUUGUCCCAGCAUGAAUGAAGAAGGUGUAUCUCACUGUAAUUCAGCUCUCAUCAGCAGGCAGCCCCCACCCCCACCCCCCGCCCCAAACCCCAUAUCCAGCCCUACCAUGUCAAAUAGGGCACAUCGUCAUUCAGCUGUGUGUUUUCUUUGAGAACUCCUUGGAACAGAUCAUUUCUCUGGCUUGAAGAUGUCAGCCUUGCUAAUAUUUCAUUCAGAACAUACUGUGGCGGGCGUCUCGUUUGUUAUUACUUCCAUAAUUAAUGGCGAUCACUCAGGCACCACCUUUACACAGAGAGAUCUCUUCUCAGUGGUCCAGGAGCUAAUGAGAAACAAUAGCUAGUUCAUUCACCAGCAGCUUGUUGCUAGUUAGUGGGAAAUGAUCACGUGUGCUGUUGCUUUAAUUGCCAGGGUAAAUAAUUCUGCCUGGGUGUUAGUGAGCCUUUUCAAGCACUUCAUGCAAAUACACUAGAAACAAAACAAACAAAAAAAUUUUAAAAAUUGCAUUCUAUCAUGCAAAUAUUAUCUAAAUAUGCAUGUGCUAACUACUCAGCUACUGUAUUUUAGGAAAUACAAUUAGGCUGCCUUUCUCUUCUCCUACGUAGACUGUAAAUAACUGUAGAUCUUUCUCUUGCUUCCUUAUGUAAAUAUAUGUAAAUACUAACACACUAUGCAUGUUGAUAUUCUAGACGAUUUCAGGUACUUUUAUAAUCUGAAGGCAUGUACUUGAACUGGUUUGUUAAAAGGGCAGGGGAACUCUCUCAAACUCUUUCAAGCUGAAUAGAAAUUAAAGCUUUCUUCCUAGA